AUGAACAGGUCUAAUUUACAAUUCAAUGUUUAUAAAUAUUAUGAUCUGGAAAAACAAAUUUUACCAGUAUUAAACGCUCGUUCAAAAUUUCAAAAAGAAUUAGGCCUGAGAGUUAUUGUGGACCUGUGCUGGACAAGACCAUUAGAAGACGUCGCGAAAGAAUGGCUAGAUAACUAUAAAGAACCGCAAGUAGUUUUGUCAAAUUUUUCUGUACUACAUUAUAACAUUCGUUCUUUUUACGCUAAUCAGACAGAUCUGUUAAGUCUAGCUAGCGAUCUCUACCCUUCUAUAAUCUCUCUUAAUGAACUGGGAACAGUGAUACCUCAGAAAACAGUACAAAGUCUUUUAUUUCCAUACAACAUUUACAGGAAAGACGGUACAAAUACUUAUGGAGGCGUCGUUUUAGCGAUUGACAAAAAACUAAAAUCUGUACCUUUAAAUAUCGAUGUUCCUAAUGUGGUAGCGGUAUUAGUAAUUUUCAAUACAAAAACGUAUGUCGUGGCGUCUAUCUAUUCUCCACCCGAAGAGCCACUCUCUACAGCCAUUAUGUCUUCAUUGAUGAGCUUUUCAAAAGAUGUUAUUAUCUGUGAAGAUUUUAAUGCCAAGCAUGUUGAUUGGCAAUGUCCGACCACGAACAGAAAAGGGCGAAUGUUAGCGGAUUGGCUCACAAACAACAAUAUUUUGGAAAUUCAUAAUCCCGGUUUGAUAACCUCGCGACGAUCAGACACUACGAUCGAUUUGAUAAUUUCGUCGGAGGCUCCCACUACAGUGGAUUGCCGUACGCUGCCCUAG